AUGAUGUACGCGUCGCGGCGAGCGCGGUGCGCGCGGACGAGACGGGUGGACGUGAAGUUUGCGCUCGAUCGCGCCGAUGCGCGUGCGGCGAUGGAACGGCGGCGACGCGAGUUUGAGGCGGAGCACGAACGCGCCGAGCUGAGACAGUUGGAGAGUGCCAACGCGCAGUGCGAGACCCUUCUGCGGCGCGAACUCGAAUCGAUACGCGCCGAGCACGCGCGUCGUGUGAAUGAAGCGAAUCUUCGCGAUGCUGAGCUGGACGUUCGAGUGGAAAAGGCGCGAAGGGAACUUCGAGAGGUUUGUGAGACGAACGAGGCGGCGGAAGCCAGCGAACGCGAACGUGUUGAGCGCGAGGCGCGCGCUGAGCGCGAGCGCGCCACCAAGCUCGCCCGUGCGCGCGCUAUCGAGUUACGGACAGCUCGAGCCGUGCGAAUGAUUCAGCGCAUGUUCCGUCGAUGGGUUUCGAACGGACGAAAACGCCCAAAGAAAUCAAAAAAGAAAAAGUUGAAGAGCGCCGCUCGUCAGUCGAACAAGACUCCAGCCAAAACGAAGACGAGACCCGGAGCAAAAUCGAAGCGUCGAGCGUAA